AUGACGGACGUACGACAGACGUACGACGGGCGUAUGACGGACGUACGACGGACGUACGACAGACGCAUGACGGACACACAUGACGGACGUAUGACGGACGUACGACAGACGCAUGACGGACGUAUGACGGACGUACGACAGACGCAUGACGGACGUAUGACGGACGUACGACAGAAGUAUGACGGACGUACGACGGACGUACGACAGACGCAUGACGGACAAAUGACGGACGUACAACAGACGCAUGACGGACGUAUGACGGACGUACGACAGACGCAUGACGGACGUAUGACGGACGUACAACAGACGCAUGACGGACGUAUGACGGACGUACGACGACGACGACGAGCAUGA